AUGGUUGAGGAUUAUGAACUGGUGGAGGAGAGCUGGAAGUAUAUCAGAAAACCUUUAGACUCUGACGACGUGCUCCUCACUCGCCGUACAGAUCGACUCGGCGAUACCGAAGACCAGGAUGACGCGUCCACUCUCAGCACCGGGACCUUCUCACCCGAAGAGUCUCCCGCUGCUCUCAGAUAUGGCAGCUUUAUUGCAAAGGCUUUGUAUGACAUGAGUUUGGAUGAGGAUACUGAGGUAGUCUCUCUUUUCUCUCAUGGCUUACAGCUCCGAUCUUCCUUAGAGCGAGCGUUCCUGAUCGCUCAGAUUGUUCUCCAUACUGUCCAGCUUGGGCUUUCUCUGUUUUCUACAGUUUUGGAUCUAUCUAAAACAGCGUCGCUGCUUUCGAUCAUUUUCUGGUCUUACGCUCUCUCUUUAACCCUGUAUCGAAAGUCAACUCGCUCCCCCGAUCUCUCAUACAAAGCCUGCGCUAAUCUGGCUUUUGUCUACCUUACCUACUGGCCUAUUUCUGCUAUCGACUUCAGAUCCGUUCUGAUCUCUGAUCAUUCGCGGCUCUAUGCCGUGGCCGCGACUUUUGAUUUCCUGCUUGCGACUGCAGUGUCUGUCAUCGCUCUUUCGUUGCCUCUUGGAUAUAUCCCCAGCAGCAUUCAAGUUAUCAAAGGUUUUGACUACUCUCCUGAGCCAUUUACGCCUCUGAUUUCAGUUUUCUCAAUGGCUUGGGUGCUUCCUAUCCUGUUGAAGAGCCGGCAUAAAGAACUCACGUACGAUGAUCUAUACGAUUUGCCGGACAGCUCCCGGUCUUUGACAGUCAGCCGGAUGUUCCAUACAUUCAAUCGAGGAAAAACCACUUCAUUUAGAAGAUCUCUGCUUAGCUUUCGCUUUACGCAGUUUAUCAUCUACAGCACGAUUGCCACCAUCUCUGGAGCAAUGUCAUUCGGUCCGACAAUUUUGCUCAAGUUUAUCGUCGGCUACAUCGAAGAUCCCAGCCGCACACCGCGAAACAUGGCUUGGUUCUACGUCUUCCUGCUGUUGUUCAAUUCUCUUGUGACUUCAUGUUUGGAUACGGUUGCGCUAUGGGGUCUGAGGAAGAUCUCUAUCGAACUCCGUGCGCUGCUUAUUACCGAGAUCUAUAGCAAAGCUUUACAGCGCCACGUGAGCGCGGCCGAGCCUGAGAAAAGCUCUAACCCCAACGAGGGAGACAAAGAUGCGGGCGCUGAAGACGACUCUACACAGCCAGCCGAGUCGAGCACCGAGCAGCAAGAGAACACAGACGAGCCCGCUCCCAAACCAAAGUUCAGCACCGGAAUGGUCAUGAACUUGAUGAGCACCGACGCCCUGAAAGUAUGCGACACGGUUUCUCGCUUUGGCAUGAUUAUUAAGAUCCUCGUGCUUUUCUUUGUCGCGUUUGGUCUUCUUUUCCAGCUUUUGGGAAAAAGUGCUAUUGCUGGAGUUGUCGCCUUUGCAGUAUCGGUGCCGCUGAACGCAAAGCUUGCUAAUGCUUUCGCGGGGUAUGAGGAGAGACUUAUGGAGAUCAGCGAUAGGCGCGUGACAAAGACAAAUGAGGUUUUGCAGAAUAUCAAGAUCAUAAAGUAUUUUGCCUGGGAGAAUAUGUUUUUAAGUCAGAUAUUUAAGCUCCGCGCCGAGGAACUACUCCAGCUUUCUCGUUUGAAAGCACUUACCGCUUUGGGCAACUUCAGCUGGUUUGGAUCUCCCUUGCUGAUCUCAGGCUCUCUCUUGGCUUCAUAUACCUUGAUUUCAGGCCACGAACUCACGGCAUCGGUCGCGUUUGGCACCAUCUCGCUUGUCAAUGUGCUGAAGAUGCCGCUUGCCCAGUUUUCAGAUACGCUUCCAACGAUCAUGUCUGCUAAGGUCUCGUUCAAUCGUAUUGCAGAGUUUAUGGAUGACACGCAUACAACUGAGAAAUACGCGCAGCUCUCGAAACCUCGUGGGGAGAAUUCUCCGUAUAUUGGUUUUGAAAACGCUUCGUUCACUUGGGGUACUGAGGCGAGUUCAAAAAAGUUCAAGCUGUUGAAUUUGAGUGUUGAUUUCCCGGUCGGAAAAUUGUCAGUCAUAAUCGGACCUACCGGUUCCGGAAAGACUUCCUUGCUUCUGUCUCUUCUUGGUGAGAUGAAGCUGCUGAAGGGAUCUGUUUAUCUACCCGGCAUCACGACUAGCGGUAAGCCCGCCAUUGAUUCUGCAACCGGAUAUACCGAGUCCGUUGCAUAUUGCGCCCAGCAGGCGUGGAUCCUCAACGACACGAUCCGCAACAACAUCCUUUUCGGCCGUCCGAUGGACGAGGACCGCUACCGUCGCGUGAUCUACGCCUGUGCUUUGGCUCGCGAUCUUGAGAUUUUGGAACAUGGCGACCUGACCGAGGUUGGUGAGAAGGGAAUCUCGCUCUCGGGCGGACAAAAGCAGAGAAUAUCGCUUGCACGUGCAGUGUAUUCUAGUGCCAAGCAUCUCCUUCUCGACGAUUGUUUGAGUGCGAUAGACGCGCACUCUGCACUUUGGGUGUAUAACAAAUGUUUGACCGGACCGUUGAUGAAAGGAAGGACAUGCAUCCUUGUUUCCCAUAACGUCUCGCUGGUUGUUCCUGGUGCGGACUUUGUGGUCUCGGUGGGCGACGGACAGAUCAAGUUUGCGGGAAGUCCGGUGCAAGCUCUGCAGCAGAACUUGUUUGCAGAUGACGAGGCAUUGCGACGGAAUAUAACUGGCGAGAAUCAGUCUUCUUUCUCUUCUUCCAAUCCCCUGGGCACAGCAGCAGGAGAAGACGCCGACGACGACGCAGAAAGUGAAGAACUGGAAUUAUACAAGAUUCAAGUCAAACACGAGUCACAGGCACCAGGUAAUGAAGAGUCCCAAGAGACUGGCGCGAUUAAAUGGAGGUCAUAUACCUCUUAUUUGAACUACAUUGGAGGCCUGUGGUUUUUGGUUGCGAUCAUUGCUGGAUAUGCUGUGCAGCAGGGACUCACGGUGUCUAAGGAUUCCUGGGUCGGACGCUGGUCAGAAGCCGCGCAGGCGGAUGAGGCAGUCAAGGAUGUUUCCAGUCAUGGUACAGCAUACUAUUUUUCAAUCUACGUGCUUAUAUCGAUUGUCUACGUGAUUUUCACGUAUGUGCUGGAACUCUUUGGUCUUCUCGGUGGCAUCAGAGGAUCGCGCCGGAUUUUCACAGAUCUGGUUGAGUCCAUCAUCCACGCGACGCCACGCUUCUUUGAUACCACGCCUGUAGGCCGUCUUUUGAACCGGUUCGGCAAGGAUAUCUACGUUGUUGACCAGGAGCUUUUUGGUGUCUUGUUUGGGACGAUGCUCAAUUUUGCCGAGAUUGUGACGAUUUUUGCCGUCGUGAUGAUGAUUCUCCCGCAGUUUGGGGUUGUCGCUAUGGUGAUCAUUGUGGCUAUGUAUCAGAUCUCGGUGAUCUAUACAAAGACAUCGUUGCAGCUCCGUCGGAUGCUUAGUGUGUCAAUGAGUCCUAUUUUCCAGCACUUUGGGGAGACGAUUGGUGGAUUGAGUACUAUUCGAGCAUACGGCCACGAAGCGCGAUUUGCGUUUCAAAACAUGAGCACGCUUGAUCGAAGUCUUCGUCCGUUCACACUCGUGUGGGCAAGCAACCGAUGGAUGACAUUUACCUGCCAGUCAAUUGGCAAUGUUGUUUCGAUCCUCACUGGUUUCUUUUUGAUCUGGCGCAGCGAUUUUAUAGAUCCUGGGUUCGCGGGGCUUUGUUUUACUUAUGCAAUCACGUUUUCGGAAAACAUGUCGAUGUUUGUCUUGAUGUGGACUAUGAAGGACAUGAACAUGAAUUCUAUCGAGCGUUUGGUAGAGUACACUGACGUUGCGCAAGAAGCACCAGCUCAUAUCGAGAGCUCGCGUCCACCUAUUGGCUGGCCGCACGAGGGAUCUGUUGAGGUCACGAAUCUGUCGUUACGGUACGCGCCUAAUCUUCCAAGAGUGAUUGAGAACAUGACGUUCGAAGUCAAGCCGGGAUGGAAUGUAGGCAUAGUCGGUCGUACCGGAGCGGGAAAGUCGACCAUUGCCACUGCGUUUUUCCGGUUUCUGGAAGCUGAUGAAGGCAAGAUUGUGAUUGACGGGAUUGAUAUCAGCACGAUCGGACUUCAUGAUCUUCGCGAGGCUUUGGCGAUUAUUCCACAGGACCCCACGCUUUUCAGUGGAACGGUGAGAUCGAACUUGGAUCCGUUUGAUCAGUAUUCUGAUUCAGCGCUCUUCGAAGCUCUCCGACGAGUACAUCUUAUCGACUCCAGUUCCGACAGAACAGCAUCCUCAUCUGCAACGACUGAAGAGACACAGUUCAAUAUAUUCACAGAUCUUGACUCUCCUAUUUCAGAGUCUGGCAGCAAUCUCUCGCAAGGUCAGAGACAGUUGAUGUGUCUUGCGAGAUCACUUUUGAAGUCGCCUCAGAUAAUCUUCCUCGACGAGGCCACAGCGUCGAUAGACUACGCGACCGACGCGCUCCUGCAAAAGACCAUCAGAGAAGAGUUCCGCAAGUCGACGAUUAUGACGAUCGCGCACCGUCUGCGGAGUAUCAUAGACUACGACCGGAUCCUUGUGCUGGAUGCCGGGAAAAUUGUGGAGUUUGCGACGCCGUUUGAGCUUAUAGCGAAAGAAGGCGGCGUGUUUAGAGGGAUGUGUGAGAGUAGUGGGGAGUUUGACGUGCUUCGGGAGAUGGCGGAGCAGUCUUUCUCGCAAAAGAAGUAA